UUCCACCAAGACACCUUUUGCGUAGUUCAUUGAGUCGAAGAGGCUUUAUGGGGUUAGCAAAGUACUUUGUUCACAUUUGAAACUAUUCUUUAUUAUCCUUUUCACUAGUGAACAACAUUAUACCGUUUUCAGUGGUAACGUGUAUUACAUCAGAUAAAAGAAGAAUGUUUCAUAUAAAGGAACAAUGUUACUAUACGCCAUCUACUGCUGGUUGACACCAGAGCAGGCUUGCUAAUGCAUUAGCAACUUCGACGGUGUUUGUACUUCGGAACACGGAUUUUUUUUUUCUUUUUUUGGGACACGAUGUGCCGCUCAUUCGGUCCUCACACUGCUGACCGGCGUCUCUGUCCGAUGUUCUGUUAAUCUACACGAGCUUUGCUGUGUAACCGUGUGCUUUAAUCGGGGAUGAGGCGGCGUCGGUUUACUUGGUAGCAAACAGUGUGAAGGCAAGUUAGCCAUUCCUUAGUAAAUUACAAACAUUAUCAGUGCAAGUUGUCUAAAAAUAUACGUCUUGUCAAAGAUUCAGCACCCCUCCAAAAGCGGCGAGCUUCACCGCGGUGGAUCUGGUGUCUUGCGGCUUUUACUGGUCACGCGACUCUGAGUUUGGAACUAUAGAUGGUCUCUACGGUGAACUCCAGAGUGCUUCUAGAACACGUCAGGCACAGAACCGGGCUGAUAGAACAUAUCACACCGGUCGGGUGGCUUCAGGUCAACUUCUUCAAGAAAGCUGGACUGAAGCUGAUCACUGCCAGAUAUCAAAUUGCUCGAAUGGCCGUGUUUUGUUAUCAGUAGCAUAAAAGCGUUUGUGGCGGAACUAAGAAUUUGGUCCAGGCUUGCGAGACUGAAGGUCCAACAAAAGCGGUGUUGGUUUACAGUCAACUGUCGUGAGCUCGGAGAGAUAAGCUUGAUCUCUUUUCAGCGUAACAUCAUGUCUGAGGAUAACAGCAUUGACAAGUUCAAUCAAGGAGACAUCAAUUCUAGAGGAGUAUAACAUAAACUGGACUCAGAAGCUGGGAGCUGGUAUCAGUGGACCUGUCAGAGUUUGUGUGAAGAAAUCGACUCAGGAGCGCUUGGCCCUGAAGAUUCUAAUUGAUCGACCCAAGGCCAGAAAUGAGGUGCAUCUACAUAUGCUGUGUGCCAAGCAUCCAAACAUUGUGCAGAUCCUUGAAGUUUAUGCCAACAGUGUCCAGUUCCCACAUGAGUCCAGCCCGAGAGCCAGACUACUUAUUGUCAUGGAGAUGAUGGAGGGAGGUGAGCUGUUCCACAGAAUCAGUCAGCACCGACACUUUACUGAAAAGAUGGCCAGUGAGGUCACGAAGCAGAUCAGUCAAGCCUUGGAACACUGUCACUCCCUAAACAUUGCACAUCGUGACUUGAAGCCUGAGAACCUACUUUUCAAAGAUAACUCCUUGGAUGCUCCUGUGAAGCUCUGUGACUUUGGUUUUGCCAAAAUUGAUCAAGGAGACUUGAUGACCCCUCAGUUUACUCCAUACUAUGUAGCACCUCAGGUACUUGAGGCUCAAAGAAGACACCAGAAGGAAAAGUCUGGAAUUAUACCUACCUCACCCACUCCUUAUACCUAUAACAAGAGCUGUGACUUGUGGUCUCUUGGUGUGAUCAUCUACGUAAUGCUGUGCGGCUAUCCUCCCUUUUAUUCCAAGCACCACAGUCGCACCAUCCCCAAGGACAUGAGGAAAAAGAUUAUGACAGGCAGCUUCGACUUUCCUGAAGACGAGUGGAGCCAGAUCUCUGAGAUGGCCAAGGACAUUGUGCGAAAGCUGCUGAAGGUGAAGCCAGAGGAGAGGCUGACUAUUGAAGGAGUCUUGGCUCACCCUUGGCUAAACUGCACUGAAGCCCUUGACAAUGUGCUGCCUUCUGCUGCGAUAAUGAUGGACAAGGCGGUAGUUGCUGGAAUCCAGCAGGCCCAUGCAGAGCAGCUUGCCAACAUGAGGAUCCAGGAUCAGAAUGUUAGUCUGAAACCCCUGAACUCUGUCAACAACCCAAUCCUCAGGAAGCGCAAAUUAUUAGGUCCGAAGCCCAGUGACAGUUUCUUUAUUCAUGAAACUGAGAAUGGACGGGAAGAUUCCAAUGUAGCGCUGGAAAAACUCAGAGAUGUCAUUGCACAAUGCAUAUUACCACAAGCUGGAGAAAACGAGGAGAAGCUGAAUGAGGUGAUGUAUGAAGCCUGGAGGUUCAACUGUGACUGUAAACUGUUGAGAGACGGACUGCAGGGUCUCAGCUGGGACGGUCAGUGUGAACUUCCAUUCUGCAUGUAUUCAUCUGAACUGUCUCUGUCUGCUUAUUUGUUUGUGCAAACAUGAGGGCUGUCUGUUCUAAAAUUGAUUGACAGCUCUGGUUACCAAUUUUGCAUAAAUCUGUUAAAUCCACAUAUAUUUGGACAUGGACAAAGUUUUCAUUACCCCCCACAGUGGUGUAUGCAGAGGUAUCGUUUACAGUCCUGGAAGGGUUUUG